AUGUCCCGUCUUCGCGACCCAGCGAAACAUGUAUCGAAAGCAAAACAUAGAUGGGCCGGUCACAUCAUGAGAAGAAUCGACGAUAGGUGGACUAAAAGAACGCUAGAGUGGAUCCCGAGGGACGCUAAACGCUCCCGAGGGAGACCGCCAACGAGACUGGGUGACGUGCUCGCUACACGGAUGGACCAGCUGAGAGCUCAGUUGGCUACGGCUCAAGGAUCUCACCGUUGUCACUCACAAAGUUCGAGAACAUCUUGGAUGACAAUGGCGAGGGAACGAAACGAGUGGAAGAGAUGCUGGGGCCCGCGCGUCCAGUGA